CACGGGUCUACAGCGCAUCAUGGCGGCCGGGCGUUGAUGAGAGGAUGAUAAACACAGAGAACAGCUGAACGAUGGGAAGAGAAACUGAAGAGGAGGCAUCAUGAGUUCCUCAGAGCAGAAACGGAGAGGCAAACAGAGACCCAGACCUCACAGCUGUCAGUUCUGUGACAAAGCCUUCACAUCAACACAACACCUGAAGGACCAUCAGAGUGUUCACACCGGAGACAAACCGCAUCACUGUGACCAGUGUGGAAAGGAUUUCACUCAGUUGAGCAGCUUAAGAACUCACCACCGAAUCCACAGUGGAGAUAAACCGCACCAUUGUGACGAGUGCGGGAAAUCUUUCACGCAGUCGGGAACAUUAAAGCUCCAUCAGCGGCGACACGCCGGUGAGAAACCGUACAGUUGUGAAUACUGCGGAAAGAGCUUCACCGAUUCAUUCUCAUGCCAACAACACAAACACAUCCACAGCGGUGACAAAACUUUCCAGUGUCCACUCUGCUCCAAAGUCUUCCUCACGCAGUCCAACCUGACGAGACACCGGCGUCUCCACACGGGAGAGAAGCUCUAUCCCUGCGAGCUGUGUGGGAGGAGCUUCAGCCAUUAUUCCUCAUACACAGUCCACCAGCGGAUCCACACCGGAGAGAGACCGUACCGGUGUCGCUUCUGCGACAAAACCUUCACGUCGUCAACCAACCACUCCGAACACGAGCGCGUCCACACAGGAGAGAGACCGUACAGCUGCGACCGGUGCGGGAAGAGCUUCAGUCACAUAACAACGUGUCUGCUGCACAAACGGGUCCACACCGGAGACAAACCGUACCGCUGCGAGCACUGCGGCAAAAGCUUCAUCACGUCCUCCAAUCUGUCAAGACACGUCCGGACUCACACCGGAGAGAAACCGUACUGGUGCGACCGGUGUAAGAAACACUUCACGUUCUCCAACCAGCUGAAGAGACACCGCUGCGUCUGAGCCGAGAUGGACGAAUAUGAGAAGCACAUUUGGUUGUAAUUUACACCUCAUCAUACACUCGGUACAGUCUAAUGUACAGUCACAGUCUACUGCAGUGGUUCCCAACCUUUUCCAACUCAUGGUCCACUUGAAAAUUGGCUCACAUCCGACCCUGUAAUAAUACGGAGGCCAAAUAAUGUUUUCUCAGAACACUUUUUAUUAUAAUGAAGACGAUCAAACAUUCAGAACUGAACUGAAGCAGGUGAAGUAUAUAACAAGUAUACGAUCUGGUCUGGCCGGCGACAAUGUAAAAGUUCCUAUCAUCGUAUUAUCACAGUGAUAGGUCUUAAUAUGGGAAAUAAAAAACAAUGAAAGAAGUUUUUUUUUUUACAUUUUUAACAGUUUACUUUUAUAUCAGGGACAAUCCUUUGUUUUACAGGUCCUCAAUUUCAUAAUAAUUUUGUAGGAUGAUUCAUGAUGAGACCUGUGUCAUUUGGUAUUUAAUAUUAAGGCUUAAUAAUCAAGUGAUAUUUCUUCAAGAACUAGAAUCACCUUCUCCAUUAAGGUUACAUCCCUGUUUAUCCAGUCAUAUCAAAUACCAACUGUAAUUUCUGCAUGAAGUCACUUGACCUUUCACCACCAAAAUCUAAUCAGUUCAUCCUUGAGUCCUCGUGGAUGUUUGUGCCAAAUUUGAAGAAGUUCCCUCAAAGUGUGUCACUGGCGUGGAGGAAUAAAAUUGCGUGAUGUUUUCUGCUCCUGCACUUUGAGGUUUUUCUCUAUGAUUUAUGAAGCUAGAAAUAUUUUUGUCUUUAAGACGAUUCUCAUUUAAUUAUUAAGUGUAUAAAUGGUCAGAAAACAGUGAAAUAUCUCCACUAUAACUGUUUAUGAUCAACCAACUGUCCAGAACCUAAAGAUGUUGCGUUUACUGUCACAUGCGACAAAGUCCUGUGAAAAUCUUAUUUAUUAACUUUAUGAAUGUAUGUUUGUCUGUUUGAGGUCCGUUCAUGUGAAUGUGUAAAUGUGUAAAUGAAUGUGUUCAUUUACCUUUGACUUUUUGACAUAAUGAACCAA